UAAAAAGAACUGCAGCCACACUGUAAUCCUCUGGAGAACACAAAUAAUUUCAUCAGGCCUGGUUGGAGGGAACUUGCAGGCUGCAGUGGCUUUAUCGACGACGAGAAAAAAGGACCAGUCGAAGAGAAAGAGGAGCCAUAAAAAAAUGCAGCAGAGCUCGGUGCUGUCGGCCUGGUUCCGGCUGGGUUCGUUUUGCAGGCUGUUUGGGAAUACUUAAAACGGGCGCAGAGCCGACACAAGAAUGUGCAGUUUUUCAGAGGGGCGGAGACAAGCCUGCUUUGCAUCCAUAGCGAGCUAAGCAGCAGCGUAUAGGCUGCCUGCCUCACUGUAUGCUGCUGUAGAGACUAGCCUAAUUAAGUUUACAAUAGGACACAAUACGCUUCUCUCUCGGUCCUUCUGGGCCGUGAUGGGUGAAUGUUUUUCGGUCGCAGAGCGCAGUCACACAACCCGGUUGGCUUAUUUUUCGGUGCUGCUGAACUAACCAGAAUCGUCCAUUGGUAGAAGUGACACUGAGACUCGAACAAGUGACCCGCCUAACAGAGUUAUAAGUGCGGCUUUUUUUCUGAGAGGGGAGAGACGCAACAUUGUAACCAGGAGGAAACAUCGCAGGGUCACAUUAAACGGAUACCAGCUUGUUUUUUUUUCCCUCUACCCGACGCGGCUGUUUCCCUGCGGGGUGGCCAUGAAAAGUGGACUGUCUGGUUUGUUUUCUCCAUCCACUUCCAGCCUGCAUGGAACAAAGUGUGCUUUCUGUCACAUAACCUGCGCCGUGAGGUAGAUCCAGGCAGGUUUGUCAGCGUUGGGGUUAACAUUUCUAGUCAAGAGUCCAGCUUCUCCCCCCCCCUCACCCACACCCCCAGUAUAAUCAUCAUGAGGAGCACCGAGGAGGCAGAGGGCUUUGACGGCGAGGCCUCCAACACUUCCAUGAUCUCCGGGGCCAGCAGUCCGUAUCAGCCCACCACCGAGCCCGUCCAUUCAAGGAAUGUUCUGGGGGGGAUUAGGUGCGAUGUGGAGUACCUCAAGUCAUACUUUGGCAUAUUAAAGGUGGUUGAAGUGGUCCUAUCGCUUAUUGGAUUCAUCUGCAUAGAAACUAUCAUGUUGUGUUCUCCCUGUGGAGGGGUCUACUUCUUCGAGUUUGUCAGCUGCAGUGCCUUUGUGGUGACAGGAGUCCUCCUCCUGAUCUUCAGCCUCAACCUGCACACCAAGGUGCCCCACAUCAACUGGAGCCUCACGGACCUUGUUAACACGGCUGCCAGCACCAUCUUCUUCUUCUUGUCAUCUCUCGUGCUGAUUUGUAUCAACCACAAAACUGGAGCUGAAAUAGCAGCAGGGAUCUUUGGCAUCCUGGUGACAGGUGUGUAUGGCCUUAACACCUUCCUGGCUGCACGGAGGUGGCGUCUAGGCAAUGGCUGCCAGGGGGCGGCUCAGACCAGCGAGUACAUGCGAGCGCGCACGGCAUCUCGCGGAGAAAUGGAGGCACGACCUGAGCUGGCAUGAGUGCCAGCAGACAAUCAGACAGGGGAAGAUCACACUACCAGCAGCUGACUGAGAGGACCACUACUCCUUGCCUUCAGAACAGUAUUGCAUAUAAGUCCAGAGCGGUACGGCGAUCUCCCAGCUCACCACACGCUUUUGACUUCUCAUCACAACACUUGGGCUGCUCUUUCUGCCUUCAUUUCAUAGCCCCAGAUGUGCUCUGUGGCUUUGUUUGUCCUGGCUGCAGCAACACAUAAACACUGCGCAGUGAAGAGCUCAGAUUGAGGUUGAGUCAGAAUUUUCUGUAAGACUUUUCAUCCACAUAUCUUUCUAAAUCAGAGUGAAGGAUGACUUCCACGGAGAGCCAAAGACAGGCUGACUUCACUAUAACUGUGUAUCGACCUCCUGGUGUUGACUUUUUAAAAAGAAAAAAGUUUUGUGUUUCACUGUGAAUGAAGUCGGGUAGCAGAAGUUCAGCUUUUGUAUGAUUUACUUGCGUCACGUCUGUUAAGUCUGUGGUGAUAAAUGUGAUCGUAUAUCCAGGAAGCCACUGGAUCAGCAACAUAGCCUGCAGUACAAUAAAAGCACCGUGACUUUUCUGUUCAUUCUUUGAUACUGACAUCAGUCUUCAGCUUCUACCUGUGGACAAGGCUGACAUGAGAUAUUUUAUUCUGAAGAUUACACAUGCUGACAUAGAGUUUGCUCCUUCUUUGUCUUGACUAACUUUAAAAAUGCCUUUUAACAUGUGACCUUUAGCCACUAGAAAGAUCUUUGCCGCCAACAAUCAUACAGAAAUAAUACAGGGUCAUUCUUAACUGCAAUAAAGACUGGCGCUACAGCAAAAGAUGAAUAUUUUUGAAAUGAUUAACAGACUUCUUUGCAACACUAAUGCACCCAAUGAAACCAAAAUAUAUAUAUGUGACUGCCUUCCAAAUUUUCCAAAACUAAAAUCCUUAAUGCUUUAUUCCGUCUAUUUUUGCCAGGUUGUGUGUAAACUACCCACAUUUAUUCCAAAAUUUGAGUUUUGAGGUAUGUGUUAGGUCAACACUGUGAGCCAGAAUGGGUGACGUCAGGCGAUGAUAAAGUAAUUGGCAUUUCGUUACUUUUGCACAUAUCCAAGGCUUCAGGUAACAGGUACGGUGAUGGCACAUCAGUGAAGUGGUUCAUUUUGAAACAAAUAUCAGUAGGCGAUCAGUGCCCUUAGCCUAUACGUAUAUACUGUAUCUCAGGUAUUGACACACUCCUUCCAACUUUAAUUCUUUAAAAACCAUUUGAAAUGAAAUCACAGGGUGCCUCGACCUGAACGCUGUAUCUUAAAGCAUUUCUAAUUAUUAGACAUAGAGAGUGGAAUUAAGUGAUAAGUGAUUAAACUGUCCAACAGAGGUGUUAAGGUGGGAACAGUGGGUUGAAUUUAUGGUACAUUUAGCAUUAUUGUCGCAGCUUUCACUCUGUAUAUGUUUGAGUUAAAAUGUCUGUACAUGUAUCUGCAGUAUACUAGCACAUAAUUUAUGUAUUAUCGAAUCUCUAUCAUUCCACAAUGCAGCGGUUAUAAAAUAAUACAUACUCCUUUCAUGCUUUUCUUUUCAGUUGAUGUACUUGACGUGCAAACAGGCGACCUAAUCUUGAAAAAUCAACAUAUCUGUAUCACAAGACGAAGGAAGACUUCAUUAUUGAUGUCUUACAUUGCUCGAAUGUAUCAAAUCUACACUAUACUCUGUAAUUCAACGUGUGUUUUCUUUCUCAGUUGUGUGUAAAUGAGGUUUGGGUAAGAGUUUGUACAGGGUCUAAACUUACUGUAUAGCUCCACCUUCUGGUCUUCAUCUAAAAUGUAUUUCUUGUGACUUCAGUGGACUGAGUGCACAGCCUGAUAGUUGUGUUUGUGUGAAGGAACAUCACGAAUGAUCAGUAAAGAUGAUUUCCUAUGAACUAAUAUAGAAGUAGUUGUUUGAAGAGACCGGAAAUGUAUUUGACCGUGGGUUAAAAUGAAAUUAAAACUUUAUGGCUACUUGAUUUAUUGUUUGCCAACACAGUUAAACAACCUUAUAAGUGGCCACACUACACAGUAUGCUUGAUUAAUCAGGCAUUUAUCAUGUCUUAGUAACUUAUAUCAUGUUCAACUGCUAUUUCUCCUUGUUUGGUGACUGAAAUAGUUGUUUAAAUAGACAAUCACACUUGUAUUUAUUCACUACAUGGAUGGAUUUAUUUCCGUGUAAUAUAACGAUGUUCACUUAAAAUUUGUACAGCAAACUCUGCAUUAUGCUAUUUGAUAAUAUAAACUGACCAUCAUAUUUGACUAAAAAACUAUCAAGCUGCAGCUCUUUGUGUACAGCUUUGUGCUACAGUGUGCUAUGAUGAAUUUGUAUUUAUGUGGAAAAAAAAAAAAAAGAAACACUUUCCACUAGUUUCCAGAUUGUGCAGUAGCAGAGUUCAUGAUCAGUCCUUGUGUUUGAAUGAAAUUAGAACUUGCUUCUUUUAAAGUGA